CCACCACCACCACCAGCACACCAGCAGCACCACCACCAUGAAACGAAUCAACACCUUCUUCCCCCCCCUUCCCUCCAAAAAACCCAAACCCGACCCAUCCUCCGCAACAUACACCCACCACCCCAGCUACCCCCUCCCCAUCCGCAACCUCCCCAGCACCAUCGCCACCCCUCUCUCCCAACUCCCCUCCACCCCCUCCAAAGCCAUCACCAUCACCAACCACCCACACCUCGACCUCCUCUACUACCAACCGUUCCUCCCCGCCCCGCUCGCCCGCGACCUCUUCCAUUUCCUCCGCGCCGAACUCCCCUUCUACCGCGUCCAAUACACCAUUCAUCGUAACGGGACCCCGACUAAUAUCACUACGCCACGGUACACGACUGUGUUUGGGGUCGAUGAUACUUCCAUCUUUAUUCCGGAUCCUACAACUACUGCCUCUGAUGACUCCUCCGUUCAAUCGCAAAUAUUAGUCGAUUCGAAAACGCGUAUCCCUGUUCCUGAUACCAAGUAUCAUAACAACAACAGUACCAACAAGGAAAAACAAAAGGGAAAGGGAAAGGGGAAGAUAUACCCCCGUCCCAUCCCCCCCUGCCUCAACCACCUCCGCCAAGCCAUCGAGGCCCUUACCACCACCACCACCACCCCCCCCAACAACAACAACGACACAGCAUACAACUUCAUCCUCGUAAACUACUACGCCACCACCGAAGACAGCAUCGCCUACCACUCCGACGACGAACGCUUCCUGGGCCCGAAUCCCACCAUCGCGUCGUUGUCGCUUGGCGCGCGGAGAGAUUUCCGGUCCUGGUACUGGUAGUGUUGGAAACACAACCAGAGGAGUAGGAGGGGAGAAGCCCCUCAAAUUUACCCUGCAGGAAGGCGAUCUGUUG